AUGGCGCUCAGGUCGGCAGGCUUGUUUCUUUGUGGCGUGGUUUUUCGAAAUUCUGCAAAAUUAUUUUCGACCAGUCCGGCGUUAUGCGUCUCCAAGCUGCACGUCAGGGAGGCGCUGAAUGCUGCCAUUGAAGAAGAGAUGAAACGUGAUGACCGCGUAUCUCUGAUAGGCGAAGAG